AACACAUUACACAUUCGGUCGAAAGGCGUGGCGGAUACCCGACCCGUUUAAAAGGACUGUUAGAAGGGGAAUCAGAGACAGCGAAGGAGAGACGAUCCCAGAAAAAAUGGUUGCGAUUUCGCUUUACAAAGGGAAGCUCCACCGUAGCCCUGACGUUCCCCACCAAUGGCUAGUGCCCACCCCCAAAAUCUCUCCUAGGGAUUUCAAGAAUCUCCUCCAACGCCGUUCCAGAGCCCUUUCUCGCCUCGAGGCCACCACCCCGAACCCUAACCCUAACCCUAAUGAGAAUUCUGUUGAGGAUGCUACUUCCGAUGAUAGAGAACCACCUGAAUCCGACGGACCUGCUGUGGAAGAUGUCUCCAAAGAUGAGGAAGCAUCAAAGGUUAAUGACGAUAAAACAUUUGAUGACGAAUUGGUGAAAUCGAAUCAUGCAGAUCAACAAGCAAACGGUCAGAAAGAAUCAAAGGUCGGCGAUGAAGACGAGACUUUAGUGAUUCCUGGUGAACAAUUAGUGGCAGUUGAUGAUGCUAAAGCUGUUGUUGAUGUCCCGGAAAACGCCUUAAAUGCUGUGGAUGACCUUCAAGAGGAAGGGAAAACGGAUGCUCAACAUCAGUUAGAGCCACUUAAGAACGUUACACUGAGUGAUAUAGAGAAAAGGAAAAAGGAGGUUGAAGAGAAGUUGCAGAUCCUGAAUGCAAGGAAGCAUAAUCUGGUACAAGUUCUGAAACAGAUUUUGAGUGCUGAAGAGGAGCUACGAAGAAGAAGCAGUGUGCAGCAGGGUACUACUACAGGGCACCAAUCAAUAUCUCUCCAAGUGGAUGUUGGGAAUGACUCUGGUUCCAUGAGUAGACAGGUGACUCCACGACCCGCUUCAGAAGUCAACUGUAAUGGCGAUACAGAAGGAGCAGAUGCUGAUCAAAAUCAACAUUCACGCAGUUUACCAAGAAUGAGCAGCGUGUCACCAUCUUCAGAUUCCCUUCAUAGAAGGACCCCUUUUGCUAUGGCAUCAAAUCCUUCACGAACAACUUCAGGGGUAGUGACAAGUAGCCCAUCAAGAUUUGCUCCUACAAGCCAACAAGGUAAUGGUAAUCCAACUGUAUCUGUAACAGGAACAAAUUACAUUGCUUCAUCUCCUUCACCAGCCGCCAAUGGUGGCACUUCUGUAUUCAGAGAUGCCAGGCUUCCUAGUCCAUGGAACUAAACACUUUCCCAAUUUUAAAGAAACGUACAGGAGUCAUUUGAAACUAGCUAUUAGGUACACUUUGUUCAUUUCAUGACUUGAUGUUACUAAAUUUCUGCUUUGUUUACCAUCUUUUUAGAGCUUUGAAAGAUUCAGAUAUGUUGGAGCCAUAUGUGCUAAUAAAAGUUCUUGGGCUAUUGUAUGAA